AUUAAACCCUACUCUUUCUUUGGAAUGUGAACCAUAAAUUUAACUAAAAGUGCCCGCCGGCCUGGAAUAAUAUACGUACGACUCUCUAAACCUAACGCGAGUUCAACGAUCGGCCUCUUCGAUCUUCAACUUCAACUUCCGGCGUCUUCGAUCGGCAGUCUGGUAAUACGCAUAUUUUGGAAUGAAGACAGGUGCAACAAUUGAAGAGAGAGAAGGUGAAAGUAUGAAGGUCGAUCGCCCAAGCACUCUGUAUGUUUUAUCCCCAAAGCAUCUUUUCGUGAUAAAUAUAUUAGGAAGUAGCAUUGGAUCUUGUUCGGUGAAGAAGCUACGAAAUCCCUUUGCGGGUAUGAUUGAACUGGAGUCCAGGAUUUUGUUGGUGGGCGGUAAAGCGCCCCAUGUUCCUGACUAUCUCUAUUAUUCUCCAUCCUAUAAUAUCGCUCGCAAGGAAAUCUUUGAGGUGAAACAAGGUUCCUGGUCCAUAGUUCCUUCUAAAAUCAUGCCAAGUAUGAACGAGGGGAAGAAACACCCAAUUGUCCAGAAGUUUGGAACCAAGGUAUUUGUGCUGCACAUGGGCUCUCGUUUCGUUUACGAGAGUGGGAGAUAUUCAACUAAAGUUUUUGAACUUUUUGAUUUCGCUUGUCCAGAGAAGGGUUGGGUUGUGAAAUCAGUACCCUUUUUUGAUGGUUCCCCUUCGGGAUGGUACCGGGUGGUUGACUUCUUACGAAUAGGGGAGAAACUCUACUUGCUCAUCGCUCUUGACUACUGUGGGGAAUGUUCUUAUGUUUUUAAUUUAAAGACAGAGGAAUGGUCGGAGGAUGACCCUUUUUUUUGGAGGAUGGGUUGUCCUCCUAUUGACUUAGGCUUACCAGUGGGUGCUGUCUCGGCUCCUGGUUUGGAUGAUGAAACGUAUGUCGUUUUUGGAUUCUUUGACUACUUUCUAAGAUUUGGAGCUGCACUUUUCACGGAAGGAAAAGGAUGCUCCUGUUAUCAAAAAGUGGACGGCAUCUUCAACUUGGAAGGAUUGAGAAGGAAACGUAUGGCCUGCCAAUUUGUUGAGAUGGGGAACGGUGACUACUUGGGGCUGCUCACAGCUCAAGACGAAAAAACAUUUCACCAAUAUCUUCUUGUAUCAAUCUUUUCACUUGAGGUACUGGCUGCUCAAGUGCCACCCAACCCAUCUCUGGAUAAGCCUAUCGAAACGACAUUCUUAAGUGUUAACCGCAAGAACCAACAUAAGUUCAAUAUUCGUGGGGCUCCUUUCAGUUAUUUUGCCGGAGCUGUAUGUCUUUAGGUAUUGUUUGCAUCUCAGUUUCCCUACGUCUGCGAUCUUCGUGCUGGUAUAGAAAUCACUGUUUUGUCAUAAGUCGGAUCAGAUCAGGCUUCAAAAACCAUUUUUCCUACACUUUCUGAAUCUGUCUUGAUCUGUUUUUGUGUUGUUUGUCUCCAUUUCUUAUUUACCCAUUAUGUUUGUUCUUUGUUUUUCCAUUUGGACUUUUUUUCCUAUGUGAAAAUAUAGUUCCCUAGGACAGAAGUUUAGAAAGUAGCAUUCUUGAAUAAAAGAACCUAUUUGAGAUGCCAAAGCAUUUAGUUAGCAAUCUCUAUGAAAGCUAUUUCUUGUGAUCUUUAAUUUAGAGCAAGGUGCUCCAUGCAUGUUGAUAUUGGUGACAUGACAUCAACUUAUAAAGAAAUAAUCUUAAUAACGUGUAGGAGGAAUGUUUGCUGGCUUGAAAAAUCAAUUGAUUAUAUUUCAUUGGUGGUCUGUAGUUCUUGUUUCCCCUUCAUGAGUUUUAUGUUUGGUUAAAAGAUGCAUUGAAAUGUGUACGUGAGUGAGCUAUGUGAUGCAGUUGCAGGAGUUUUUUAGCUUCAAUUGAAUCGGUUUAUUGUCAUUCCUAUUGUUUCAUUUCUUAGCGUAACCUUCAAGAGGCCAGAGUGCAAGAGCUAAGGCAUUUUGCCAUUUUCUGUUGGAGGUGGUGUAAAAGAAAUCAUAUAAUCUACUUCGUAUCAUUUAAUUCUCAUUAAUCCUAGCCUGGGAGCGAUUCGAUUCCUAGUCAAAAUAGAUGAAACCAUUUGAAAAUAUCAAAGUUUAAUAAUGGUUCAGUUCUUAUAAAUUAUUUAUAGAACUGAUAAGAAACCAAC